AUGAAUAAUCAUCGCCAAAAGGCUCUGAUCCACUCCACUUGGGGCCCCCUCCCCGAGGCCAGCGCUCUCACCUCCCGGGCUGGAAUCCCGAUCCCAGCGAGGACACAUGGGCCGGCGCCUCUCCGCGCGGGGACCGCGCCGCGGCUCCUCUCGGGCCAAGACCUCCGCGCAGCUCUGGCGGCCGCGGCGCCGGGAAGCCUGGGACUCGGCCCUGGCCACGCCCACCCCCAGGGCCCACCCAAGCCCCGCGAUCCCAUUGGUCAGCGCAUCAGGGCGGGCCCCGCCACGCCCUCCGCGGCGCCCUCAUUGGAGCGGGUGCCCGCCGCUCCCAGGGCGGCCGCGCAGGGCUCGGGGGCGGCCCUCCGGCACCACCUGUUGACGUUGAGUGGGAAACGAGGCGUGCGGGGAGCCGGAGCCCCGCUGCAGGCCGCCCCGCCCCGCCCCGCGCACCUGCAGCGUCCCCGCGGCGACGCGGCCUCACAGCCGGGGACCGCCGCCGCCAGCCGCCGCGCCCAGGAGCUCGCUGGGCCGCGCCCGCCCGUCGGCACGCCGAGCGGCUGUCCCCGGGGCGUGACCCGCGCCGCUCACCUGGCUGCGGGUCCCCCGUCGCCCCGCCUCCGCGGCUGCGAGCCGCCGGGGAGCCCGUCCGUCCGUCCGUCCGUCCCCGGGCAGCGGCGAGGCCUGACGGCGGCCGGGCCGACGCCGCGCGCCAGCCCCGCUAACGGUGCUCGCCCGGCCUCGCCAGCGGCCGCGGCUCCGCCCCACGCGCCGCUCCUGCCCCGCCCCUGCCGAGUCCCGCCCACGGGCGGGGAGGGGCAGGGGAGGCUCGCGCGCGCGUGCGCCCGAGCCGCGUCUCCUAGCAACGCCCAAACAACGUCCCGUUCCCACCCUCCCGGCGCCCCGCGGCGGGCGGAGGCGGGCGGGGCUGCGGCCGCGGCUUCUCUCGAGCUUUCGGCCACCGCCGGCGGGGAAAUCUGCUCCAAAUUCUCGUUCAGAUCUGAGUAGAAGGUUUUUAUUAUCAGGAAGAAGUGUUGUACAUGUAAAUUCAUUGGAGUCGUGUUCACGUAGAAAUUGGAAGAAUACAUAUUGGCGUCAAACUGCCUGGAUUCAAGUCACGCUUUGCCCAUGUUGACUAGUCUCUGAUCCCUAGUAUACCUAGAAAGGUAACAAAUACAU